UUUUAGAGCUUGCCGAAAAGCUCAUUUUUUUAUUUGAAUAUAGCAUGCUUUAAAUGCUUCUAGUUUGAAAAUGUGAACCGCCCUGAUGAAGGAUUCUAUCAAGUAUUCUAUGAUUUUUGUCUGAGUCAAUGCCUAUAAAAAUCUGAAAAUUGAUGUCCAUAAUUCUGAGUUUUUCGCACACUGAUUAUUACGAUAAGAAGCGAAGGAUUCUGUGUAGAGUAUCAGUUUGGAUUCUGAGAAAUUGAGGGGAAAUUCUUGAGAGAGAGAGAACAGAUAAUAACAAAGGAAGAGAGAGGAUUUUCUUUGUCAAUCAACACACAUUAUGAGAAUUGGUUCUUCACCUUACUUGUAUUCGUUGUAUACCUAUUUAAAUAACUCAUCACAUGACUACAUGAAUAGUUGAAACUAGCCAGCUUAUCAGCAGCUAAGUUCCUAGCUUGUUAACUCUCAUCCAAUUGCCUUAUUUUCCAACAUAAUGGUAAGCUCAUUGAAAGCUGGAUCCGCUGAAUUCUACAUUUUAUUGCUAGCUACAACUUAUUUAACUUGAAGCUGAGUGGACAUUCCAUUUGCAAUUACUGAUGGAUUUUGCUUGGGCAGAUUAUUUGGUCUUGUUGAAUUCCAUAGGCACUAUUCGGCAAGCCAUGGCUACAGGGAAGCUUAUUGUUAUAUGUCAAUCAGGUGGGAAGUUCACCUCAGCUAGUGAUGGUUCCUUGUCGUACACAGGUGGAGAUGCUCAUGCUCUUAGUGUAAACCGUAAAAGCAAAUUUUGUGACUUGAAGUCGGAGGUGGCAGACAUGUGGAAUUAUGAUCCUAAUUCCUUGACCAUCAAAUAUUUCCUACCCAAUAACAAGCAGACGCUUAUCACCAUAUCUAGUGACAAAGACAUCCAGCGCAUGAUUGAUUUCCAUGAAGAUUCUAAAACUGUUGAUUUAUUUGUCAUGACAAACGAGAACUUGGCAAUUGAGGCCUCAGUUACGCCUUGUAGUAGGUCCAGUGGCAAUGCAAUAAUUGAACCUGUCACCCCUCUCAAUGUUGCUCCUGUUGCUUCUAUUGCUGGGGAUACCGAGCUUUGCAAUUCUUUGAGUGUUGAAGUUGAGGAUGCUGGGCAUCACAAACUUCUUAUAUCAUGGGCAAAUUGCAUAACUGGUUUGCACCAGCAGUUUGAUAAUGUUCAGGAAGUGCGUGAAGCUUUGCGUAGGUUUUCCAUUGCUCAUGGAUUCAAAUGCAAUUUUAAGCACAAUGAUGCUACUCGUGUAAGUGCCAAGUGUAAGGCUGAGGGUUGCCCCUGGAGGAUUCAUGUAUCAAAGUUGUCUACCACACCGUUUUUCCGAAUUAAGACAUUCAAUGAAACACAUACAUGUGGAGCUGGUACUGGUAGGAUUAGUCGUCCUCAAGCCUCAAGGAAAUUGGUUGCCACUAUUGUCAAGGAAAAGUUGCGUGAUACACCAAAUUCCAGACCUAAGGAAAUUGCCAAUCAAAUUCGUCAGGAAUUUGGAAUUGAAUUGAGAUAUUCACAGGCAUGGCGAGGGAUGGAGAUUGCCAAGGAAGAGCUUCAGGGUUCAUACAAAGAGGCAUACAAUCAGCUGCCUUGGUUAUGUGAGAAGAUGGUACAGACAAAUCCGGGCAGUGUUGUCACUCUUAUCACAAGAGAGGACCAAAGUUUCCAUCGUUUGUUUGUUGCCUUCCAUGCCUCAAUAUGUGGUUUUCAGAAUGGUUGUCGCCCUCUAAUUUUCCUUGAUACUAUGACACUGAAAUCAAAAUAUCAGUCAGAACUGCUGACUGCAACAGCAUUGGAUGGAAAUGAUGGCAUUUUCCCUGUGGCUUUUGCUAUAGUAGAUAUUGUAAAUGAUGAUAAUUGGCAUUGGUUUUUGGUACAAUUGAAAUCUGUGCUUUCAACUUACCAACCAAUAACUUUUGUGGGAGGCAGACAGAUGGGUUUAAGACAGUCCGUUUUGAUGGCAUUUGAGGAUUCUCAUCAUAGUUUUUGCCUUCGUCAUCUAUCAGAGGAGUUAAAGGAGGACCUUAAGGGCCCAUACACUGAAGAAGUUGUAAGUGCCAUUGUUGCUCAUCUUUAUGAUGCUGCCCAUGCAGCUACACCUGAUGGAUUUAGAAAGUACGUUGAGAGCAUUAAAAGCAUCUCACCUGAAGCUUUUGAAUGGAUUUUGCAAAGUGAACCUGAGCACUGGGCAAACUCGCUUUUUGAAGGUUCACGGUACAAUCAUUUCACAUCAAACAUUGGUCAAUCAUUUUAUAGUUGGGUAAAUGAUCUCCCAAUGUUACCAGUAGUACAGAUUAUUGAUACUAUUCGCCAAAAGAUGAUGGAGCUGAUUUACACUCGAAAGGUGGGUUCAGAUCGGUGGUUGACAAAAUUGACUCCAUCCCUGGAAGAAAAAUUGCAAAAAGAGAUUCUCAAGGCACAGUCACUUCAAGUUUCAUUAUCUCCUAGGAAUACUUUUGAAGUUCAUGAUUGUCUAGGGGAAACCAACAUUGUUAACAUUGAUGCUUGGAGCUGUAGUUGCAGGGCAUGGCAACUUAAUGGUUUCCCAUGUUUUCAUGCUGUGGUCGUCCUUCAACAUUUUGAUAGGAACUUGUAUGAUUACUGCUCCAGGUAUUAUACAACUGAAUUUUUUCAGUUAACCUAUUCAGAGCCUAUAAAUCCGGUUCCAACAACAGAUAAGCCUGUGCAUAAAGAAUCCUCCCCACCCCAAGUACUUCCCCCUCCUCUUCGUCUUCUAACUGGCCCACCGAAGCAGAGGAGAAUUCGAGCAAAAGGGGUGAUUAAAAGACCAUUGCAUUGCAGCAAGUGCAAAGGAGCAGGCCAUAAUAGAGCAACAUGCCAUGUGUACUCAUAGAUUCAUAAUAUUUGUGGAACUGUAAUUAACUGUACAGGAACUUGGGUAGAUCAGUGUUUGGUAGAGGUUUUGGCGGUUAGAGAUGGGAUAGAUGGAAAGCGAAGUUGAAUGCUGGAAGUUGCACUCAUUUUGCAACAAUGACUGUUUAGUAUUAGGAGGCAUGAUCUGCUCGUGUUUUUAGGUUUUGAUGCAUCAUCUUUUGAGAGGGUGUCAACAACUGUUACUCUCUGUUCAUUUAGUUUCAACAUUCCUUUACUCUCCAAAAUUUUCAUUUGUUGAUCAUAUAUUAACUAUGCUCCCUCUUCUGACUUUGAAUGAGCUAAAAAUAAAAUCCCGUUGUUAAAGCAGGUUAUUCAAGAUUUAAAGCUUAUGCUUUCUACCAGUGCUUUGCUCAAAUGAAUUUUCAAUUCAUUAUUGCUUAUCAAGCACAAGAGGAAAGCAUUAAGCUUCAGGCUAGAAUCUCUACCCAAGCACCCAACCUUCUCCUUGGACUCAAGUAGGCGGUAGAUUUUCUUGAAAGAAUAAUAAUAUGAAUCUUUCUGGUUGUGGCUUCCUCUGUAAAUGCCUAGGUGUAAACUGAUUGUUGUCCCAGCCAAAGUCGUAAUUUUGAUCGUGUCCGCCUGCAUCUGCCUUUUCUCUUCACAGGUUCUACAAACAGAUGCCUCAUGAAAAUGUCAGUUCACUUGUGAACGGGGGAUCAUAGAUUUCUAUAAUCCCUAACCACGUUUCUAUGAUCACAGAUUGCUUGAUGACACCCAAUUUAAUAAAUUUGGGCAUACACAAAUUUUUUAAAUCAAAUAUUCCAAAUGAUUUUAAAAAUCUUUUUAGAGACAAAUAUUUUCUGUUAAAGAAUUAAUUACUUGUGACGCAUUUUUAAACAUUUUUUAUUAUUUUUGCUAACGAGGCAUUCAAUAUCAUCAUUACUCAUUAAUUUUAGGUACUAAAAAGCAAAAGUGCAGUACAUAUGACUUUCUGAAUAUACUCUAGAACUUCAAUUAUCUGAUUAGUACUAAAGCAUGUAAAGGGUAGUACAUAGUCAGCUAGUCCAAGUAGAAUUUUAUAGUACAUGAGCGUACUAUAACCCUUUUCCUUGUCAAAUAUAAAAUCCCCAUGGACGGUAUAGUCUCACAAUCCAUCACUGAAGGCUGAGGCCUUUGGUGCGAUCCAAAUGUUUACUCUAUGGUUUGCCCUGAGAGAAGGCGGAGGAAUGCAUCUGAGGUUUUGGUAGAUUUUUGGCGACAGAAAUAGCAUGGCAUAUCGGCAAUGGAAGGUAAGUGAAUGGGAUUUGGGAUUCUGGGAAGAGAUUAAAGAAGAAGACAUACAAAGACUGGGAACAGGCAGAGCAUGAAUGGAGCUACAAACAGAAAUCUCUGUUUUGGCACCACCCAUGCACUGCCUCUUCCCUGGCUUGUGGCUCUUCUUUUUCUGCUUCCUCACUUGUUCUUAUUUCCUACAUAUACUUGAUUCAAAAACCCUGUAAGGAAAAUGUUAGCCUUCAUGUGUGAAAUUUACUGCCUGUGAUAUCAUUAUCAAUAGUGACAAAUUUGCAAUUUUCUUUUGUCUAAUGUAGACUAAUUUUUCCUGAUCCUUUUUACAAUGAAUAUUUUAUUGAGCGUUUUCUGAUGAGUUGAUAAGUCAUGGAGAUUGGAGAGAUGAUGUUUGCUGCGGUUCCAUUUUCUGCAUUGGGUCUUGACUUUUCUGACAGAAAGUGCUAAAAUCCAAGUCCUUUGGGCCAAGGGAAAUUUCGUUCCGAGCACGGUGAUGGCUAUGAACUCUUGCUUUCCAGCUAUUGCCAUGUCAAACAAAUUCUCGACUCUUGAGGAGCAGUCUGAGUUGACGAAAUCUACCUGUUCAUUCUAUUUGUUGAAUUCAAAUUCUUUGUUUAUCAACGGAAAUUAAUUCAAAUGAUAUGACAAGUCAAUUUCUGCUUUUGGGCUAAUAA